AAUUUGUGGGUUUUUAGUUCCUUACGUGACCAUUAUUAGCUUAUUGCUUUUUUUGGUUUUUUUUUCGUGAUCUUGGUGACUUAGUUUUUGAAGGAAGCGGGUUAAUGGAUUUAUGUAUCACUAUAUUCAAGAAUCUAGAACGUUCAAUUUUUUUUUGCUUAAACAUAAAUACAUUUUCUAAAUUCAUGUGCCAAAAUCACUAGUUACAAUGAGUGGCAGCGAUGACACAUCCAGUUACUUUCUGUAACCAAUCCAUGUCCCUGGUGGAAAGAAAAAAGCAACAGUGGGCUCGAGAAAGAGAGGAACUGGCGAGACUAGGAGGACAACAUCGAGAAUACAGUUCUUUCGAUAGAAACUACGACCGUUCGAGGUAUGGUUCUAAACAUUCCCUAACCCAAAAAGAGCAGCAGCAACUUCCUCCGAUAACUUCUGGCGAGCGUAGGGGAAGUUUACCUCCUCUACAUCAAAACCAAUUCAACUCAAAUUACCGACACGAUAAUAAGUACGAUAAGGGCGAGAGAGGGGGUGAAACUUCCGGAUAUGGAAGCGACAACUAUCCCACUCCUGAUUAUAAGGAACGCAAUCUUCCAUCCACUAAUAAUAAUGGUCAGUGGAACGGAGGUAAUCAGCAAAACCAAAGUGGGUACGAGUCGUCUUCGAGCUAUAGAGAUGAUCGGCCUAAAUGGGGCGACAAAGGAGUGGGGAUAAACAACUUCUGGCAGCCUAAAGAGGAAUCAUUCGAUAAAGAACAGACAAACGAACCUCCAAACUGGGUGAAACGAGGCUUAGAAGUAGAUGGAGCCAUUGUCGUAGCGAACUCUUCACCUUCUAUAUCACCGGAACAGAGAUAUGAGGAAAACGAAAGACCUUGCACCGGCUCUAGUUCCUCUCAAACUAAAACUUAUAUCCGGGGUCAAAACAUACCCAUAGAUUCGGUAGAGCUGGCAGAACGAGAGCGCAAAAGACAAAUGGCCAUAGCUCACCAGGAAGCCGUCAGACAGCAAUUACAAGAAAAAGAAAGGCAACGUCAAGAAGAAAAAGCGAGAAAACUUAAAGAAGAGCACGAGGAAGAGCUGAGGAUAGCCCGAGAACAAGAGUUUGAGAGACAACGUAAGCUCGAAGAAGAAAGAGCCUUUCAAGAAAAAAUGGAAAGAGAAAGAAAGAGGAAAGAAGCCAUACAAGAAGCACUGGAAAUAGCUGAAAGAGAAGCGAAACUUGAGAAGAUGCGGCUUAAGAUGCAAAAGCAGUGCAAUAACUCUACAGUGGAACAAAAUAUUAGCGAAAAUGUUGUUGAAAAGGAAAAAUUAUCUGUUUCCCCCACGAUUUCUCACGCUGUAGACCAGGCAUCGCCAACACCUCAAGAUUCAGAGAAGAUGAACAAUUGUAAAGAAGCUAAACCACAAGCCAAAAAUGACAAUAUCAAAAACGAAAUUAACAAUAACCUCUCCCAGCCAAAUCCCAAGGCUUCACCUGCCAAAAGCACCACGAGCCUGCCCACUUCUCUAAUCAGCAACCAAAGCCAUAAUUCGAACAACGAGAGAAGCUUAACUCCCAUCAUGCAAUCACCAAGAAACCAAAAUACAACCAACAAUAACUUCUCACCAAGAAAUGACCAGUUCACUUAUUUUUUCCAGCCCACAUUGGAGAGCCUCCAAAAUAUCCAAUAUGCUGUUCUCAUACCUACUGCUCAGUAUCCUAUUGCGAUUCCCAUGAACAUGCCUACUGCUCCGGAGAGAAGUAACAUAGAAUCAGCCAGAACUGAAAACAGAAUAUUAACCCCAACAAGAUAUAGAAAUAAUGUGAGGAAAUGUGAUAGUAGCACUCAGACAGACACUAAUCUGAUUUCGGCAAGAUCUUCCUCAGAGACAACAGCUGAAGGUACUGAGAAAUAUAUUUGUGAUAAAAUGAGCAACGUGGAGGUAGCGAGCCAAAGUAGAAGCAGAAGAAGUAGAAGUUCCAGUGUGGUAGAGAGACCCAAAUGGGGAGCGAAUCGACCCCCGACAAGGUACUUGAAGCAAAGCGAAAAAGAUCCUUUGUAUCAGAGAAGGAAGUUACGACAGAAGAGAGAUAAUUCCAAUAAAAGUUAUGACGAAAAGAUUUCAAGUGAUGACAGCCAGGCAGGCACUCCAGUACACUAUCGGAAAAACAUUUUGCCAGAAAACAGACGUUCCAGAGCGAGAUGGCGAACGGAAGAGCGAGUUUUUAAUGGGAAUUUGAAGAUGUACCAAAGGGAAUUAGUACCAUUAGAAAGUGAUAAGGAUCAGUUAUACUUAAAAUGCUGCUGCUCCUGUAGGUGUAAAAAACAUAGAUGUUCCGAAAAUGUCACGGUUGAUGUGCUCAAAAUAGAAGAGCAAAAUCCAAGAGAUGACGAACAAAGAUAUCACUUGAGCAGUAGGAUACAGAAAGACAUUUCUUUGCCAGAGUUCGAUGUCAACCGAGGACAAGGAGUUGAUUUGUUGGGUGGAUUGUCUACUCUCCAUAAUGGACUGCUUAUGGAGCAAGAGAAAUGGCAGGAUAGUCCUAGAAGUCCAGGUUUAUCACCACGUAGGGCUUAAUGAAUGUCUUAAAU